AUGACUUCGUCGUCCAUUCCUUCAGUUCACUGUCGUCGACUCACCUUCCGUUUGCCCCCGAAGUUCGCUCAAAGGCUGAAACGCAUUGCUAAUAAGCAACCGAAUACAUUGGGACGCAUAGGCGUCUCCAAAGUAAAGGUUGGUGACGGAGAAACGGUCUCGGUGAACGACGUUCCUCCACCCCAACCAGUAAAAGUGGAAGAAAAGCGACCUGAACAACCCGUUGAGCGAAGUGAGCCUCGUUCGGUUGGCGCUCCACCUCCACCUCCUACUUCUGCUCCGACUAGUGGACCUGGACCAGUCUGUCAGCCUCCUCCCGGCUAUCAUCCUGUCCAGCACCAGCAAGAAGUUGGACCACCGGUACUGUAUCACGAUGUGUUUUACUCCUUGAACCAAGGUCAUAGUUCGCGACCCGAGCGAUUUAUACGCACGACUGCGAUAAACUGCUCUCCCCUUGCUAACUGCUCUCAGCAACAACCAGGCAUGGUUGGAGGUCCUCCUGCAAAUGUGCCGCCUCAUCAUCAGUCGUACUCUCCGGCAGGCACGUAUAUGUACCCUGGCAAUGGCCCACCGCAUCAGCACCCUCAUUCGGCCAAUGUUCAACAAUCAGCCGGCCCACCCAUCAUGGAUCCGCAGCAGCACAUGGCAAUGCAGCAACAGAUGCAAAUGGAGCACCGCCAAAGACUGAUGAUGCAGCAGCAACAAGCCCAUGCAGCAGCAGUGGCAGCUGCUCAAGCUCAACAACAACAGCAGCAACAUCCCGUACCAGGACAACCUCAACAAGCACCCCUUACACCUGGUGGUUUCUACAAUCCUGCUACUCCUGUGCAACAAGCCCAAGUGCAGCAGCAGAGGGCCCCAAUGGGAUUUGCUGGUCAACCGCAGAACCCUGGAAUGUUUGCUGGGCAACCACAACAGCCUCAACAGGUUCCAGUCAAUGUGCAGCAGCAACGCAUGCAAAGCUAUCCCGCUCAUAUGAAGCCUGGCAGUAUGCCAACUGCAAAUCCUGUGGCACCAGGGCAGUUUCGAGGGCCGUCUGUCGAGGCUCAACAACAGCAGCAACAAUAUUACAACGAACAGCGUAUGAUGCACCCCGCUGCAAUGGCGCCAAGUGGAAUGCAAAUGAUGGGUCAUGCCGGGUAUCCACCUGGCCCGAACUACCCUACAACUCAGGCUGGAAUGCCUGGUGUACCGGCUCAGUACCCAGUAUAUCCACAAGGAUCUAGUCAGCAACAGAUUCAACAGCAGCAGCAACAACAACAGCAGCAACAGCAACACAUAUGGCACCAGCAGAUGCAGCAACGGAUGUUGUAUCAGCAGCAGCAUGCCCAACCGCCUCCAGGACCUAUGAGUGGAUCUAAUCCGUCUCAUGGUGGGCAACCAUGGCCUGCUCAACGAGGGCCUCCAGUGCCAUACCCUACACCUAUGGACGGUGGUAUGCACGCUGGACCAGGAUCCGUUCAUCCAACCGUAUCACAACGAACGUCAGGCUCAGGAGAGUAUUCCCGCGAUGGCACGUCACCUGCUACUCCUCAUCAGUUCAAUCCCGGUAGUCAUCAAGGGAUGGUCAUGCGUCAUAGUGGCACUCCGAUGUCAAGAACGGAUUCACAAGGCAGCGUGUUCGGAAAUACACCGUUUGGAGUUCAACAACAGCCGCCGAGUGCUCCUCCAGUGGCCGAUGAUAUUGAACACCCCGUUGAUAAGUUAUUCACUGCCCAGGAUGAUCACUUGGGCGAUUUGGGUGACUUGGAUGACAUAGAGCCCAUGGUUGAUCUGGGUGCUGUGUUACUAGAUGAAAUCACGGGCAGUAGCCAAGGUAGUGACACGCUCAGUACAUUCGGUACUCACAUGGGUGGACCUCAUUCUACGGAAUCAUCGAACUGUGCAGUGCAAUCAUCGAACGGGGAUCGCAUAGACUCAUCGAUCGCAUCAGUGGUAGAGAUGGUGUCGAAGAGUGGCACAGCACCAGGGUCUAUGUGUGGUGCUCCUGCUGUCUCUCAGACUGGCACUCAUGCUGGUUCAGUUGGGUCAUGCGCAGGCAACAUGAAACGACGGCCGAGCAGCGCUCAAAUGGCAGCCAACAUCGUCGCAGUUGCAGGACAACAGCAGCAGAUGAUGGCUGAUCCUCGGUACGCCAUGGGAGCACCUCAUCAUAUGAUGAAUCCAGGUCAGAUGCCUCUUCCUAUGCAAAUGAUGCCGUCAAUGGCCUCAUCUCCAUCAGCUGGCAAUUUAUCACUUGAACACAAUGCACGAGCGCAAGUCUUUCAUGGGCGUGCUGGAAUGGCGAAAGCCGGUGAAAACGGUCCCGGUAGACUUGUCAACGGACACGACCAGGCUGGAAUACCUAACGGAGCUCGUCGGUCGCUACCCUCAUCACAGCCCCCAGAUUCUGCUGAUGAUGAGCGAAUAGCUGAACUUGUGAAAAAGGUUGUAGCCCAGGGUGAGAGCCAAAAGGCAGCUGCUGAGCAAAAGGCGAAAGUACCUCGAAAAAAUCGGCGAAAAACUGAUUUAAGUAAGGAAACGAGUCCACGCGACGAUGAGGAGCCUUUCAUUGUUGAUGCCGAAACAAUGAACGUGUGA